AUGAUCUCGACGAAGAAUCGCGAGCGCGAUGCACCGUCCGCAGCCUCUUCCUCGACGAGUGCGCCAAUCCCGAGCGAGCGCAUCCAGCGCACGAAUCAGCUCCUCGUCGAUACGUCUGCUGCAGCACGCGAGCACGAAAGCCUCGCAGACUAUGUGCCUUCUUUUUGGACCAUCUUUCAACUCGUACUCCUUCCCAGAGUGAUCAGCGCCUUUCUUCGACGAAUCGCAGACUGCGACGAGACAUACAACUACUGGGAACCUCUUCAUCUGCUCUCUUGGGUCUCGAACUCUCAGGACGCGAUCUCCAGCGCACCAUUGCAAGCUUUUCAGACGUGGGAGUACGCACCGCAAUAUGCUCUUCGCUCUUGGAGCUACAUUGCGCUGCAUCUACCCGCUGCUGCUUGGAUUCCGCAGUUGUUGGGUUGGCAGAAGGUCAAUGCGCUGUACUCGACCCGAAUGUUCUUGGCGUGGGUCUGCAGCUUUACAGAAGCUUGUCUGGUUAGAUCGGUGGGAACGUGUAUUCAUCCUAGGGUUGCGCAGUACAUGCUGUUCGUUCUGCUUCCGUCGGCGGGCAUGUUCCAAGCCAGCACGGCCCUACUGCCUUCCACCUUGGCAAUGUGCACCACCACCUUGGCCAUGUCUUACGCGCUGCAACCUUCAACGAGCGCAAAGGGCUUUGCUGUGAAUGCAGCCAUUCUGCCUCAGACCAUCCAGACGCGUCAGCGAAAUCUCAAGAUCAUCUUGAGCUUUGCAACGGGAGCGGUUCUGGGAUGGCCGUUUGCGCUCGUGCUGAGUUUCCCAUUCGUCCUCGAGGAGAUCUUCUGUCCAUCCGGUCAACUCGUGCCUCUCUCUCGCUACCUCUGCUUUACCUACGCCCGAGUCUUGGCCUCCUUGCCCGGUCUACUUGCAAGUCUAUCGUUGGUGUCAGGUCUGUUCCUGGUAGACAUGGCAGCGUACGGUCGACCAGUACUGGGAACGCUCAACAUUAUCAUCUACAACAUCUUUUCGGCGCAAAGAGGUGCGGGUCCGGAAUUGUACGGGACGGAAGCUUGGUGGUAUUACCUGAGGAACUUGAGCUUGCUCUGGAAUCCUCUGGUCGUGGUGCUGGCCAUUGUCGUCUGGCCAAUGUUGCUGCUUUGCAGACUCGUCGUGCCCACGAUAUUUGCGGCUAGCAGCUCGGCAGCGACAAAUCCUGCCAAGGUGCAAAUGAACAAGCGAGAGACCACAUUGUCAAACGCUCCGCUAAUUUUGCUAAUGCUGAGAACGGCACCUUUCAAUCUCUGGCUAUUGCUCAUGAGCAUGCAACCGCACAAGGAAGAGAGGUUCAUCUUUCCGGCAUUCCCGCUGCUCGCUUUCAAUGCCGCCUUGAGCCUGCACCUAUCCAUCGAGCUGCUGCGUGUCGUGCUGGGAAAGUUGAAAGGAGUGCUCGGACCUUCGAAAAUCGGCUCGGGCAGGUCGGACGAUAUCUACCCAACCCUCUCGCGGCUCCACUCCAUCGUCGCAACCACCAUCCUAGCUCUCAGCGCUCUGACCAGCAUUUCUCGAUCCGCUCAAUCAGUCCUCGCUUUUAGCGGACCCACCGAGACGCUAGAGUACCUAAGCAACUACGAGCUUCCUCGAUCGGCGGUGCAGAGCUGUCCUACGAUUGUGGACGCGCAAACUCGAGAAGCUUGGAGGUCGCUUGAAAGCUUGUCACAGAUCGAGCGAUAUGCGCAAGCUUUGCAGCUGCCAAGAGUGGAUCUGAACAAAGCUGAUGCUGGAUGCUCUGAUGCGCAAAACGAGCUGGAUGCGCAAAGGGGAGGAACAAGAUUGUGCUACGCAAAGGAAUGGCAUAGGUUCCCUUCGCAUUUUCACGUGCCAAGUCAUGUGGAGGUGAGGUUCGUCAAGAGCGAUUUUCAGGGCAUCUUGCCGCAGCAUUUCGAGCGAGGUGCAAUCCAUGGUGCAUCUGGACUGGCUAAAAGUCUUUUGGAUCUUUGGUCGUGGAGGAACAUCACGAGGACUGAGCGUCGAGGCUUCAAUGAUCUGAACAAGGAGGAGCGGGAUCGAUAUGUGGAAGUCGAUACGUGCAACUACCUCAUCGACGUGGAUUUCCCACAUCGCUACGCCGAGCAAGGUGGCGCCCAUCUAUCCAACAACGAACCUACAUACGAACCUCGGUACACCCACGAUCCAAAUUGGACCGCACUAGCAUGCUAUCCCUUUUUGGACAUUGAGCAUUCCCAUGCCGUACCAGGAUCGAGCAAAAUGGUGAAACUCGUCGCCAUCUUGAAAAGAGCUUUUUGGAUCCCCCUUCCGCGCGCUUUAUUCGACGAAACCAACAAAUUCGGCGACUAUUGCCUCUUGAGGAGAGAGGCAAAGGAGGCGUAG